ACGAGAGACAGGGAGAGAGAGAGAGAGAGAGAGAGAGGAUCUACUCUCCCUCUCGCCAACUGAAGAGAAGCACCAGUGUGGAGUAGCUGCAUGAAGCAAGUGGUUCCAACUGAGGACUUUCUUAUCAGACCAUGGAAGCUAAGAAGUGGAGGUAAAAGAACAAGAGAAGAAGAAAAAAAGUCCCUGCUGGCUUAACAGGAGACCAGAGUUUCAUCUGAGGGAUUACUGGACAUUUUAUAUAUGACCUCCUGUCAUGGUGAUAGCCCACCUGACCAUCUCUUGUUGACAGGAGCCUCUGUGUGUCUUGGAUUUCCCAGGGAUCAAAGUUUGUUUUCAGAGCACAGUGCGUGAAUGAAGUACGCGGAAGCAGGAAACAUGUCAAACGGACGUUUCAGUCACCUGUUGAGGGGAGUCUGGCUGCUGUGGCAAGCUGUGUUUGUGGCUGGGACUGGGAGCAAACUAUGGGAGGUGCCCACAGCCUCCUUUACUUCCUCAUUCAACCUCAGUGAGAGUCUGCAGUGGGAGCCCCACUGUCAGUACCACCACCUACAGGACAGAGUGAGAAUCACAGCAGACAUCCCCCCAAGACUGGAUGGCACAUGGGUGUCAACAAGAUGUGAAGUACGGCCAGGUCCAGAGUUCCUCACUCGCUCCUACACUUUUCAUCCCAGCCGUCACUUCCAAGUCCUGCAGCACUACUACACUGACAGCAGCUGUGAGGACCCGGCCUACUCCCUGAUGAUCAGGGGGAAGCUUCGUCUGCGCCAGGCCUCCUGGAUCACCCGUGGAGGCACAGAGGCUGAGCACCACCUCAGCAAGGUGGGCAUCGUGGUUCACAGCCUGGCAGCCAAGCAGAGGCUGUCCUCCAGGCUGCCUUCAACCUGUGUGGGUCUGACCCUGGGUCGAGCAGUGCCAGGGAAGCUGUAUGAGCUGUACAACACCCGGGCAGGGAGGGGGUGUCUGGCAGCGCUGGGCUUCUCGGUGAUGGAGAUGGGUCUGAUUCGGGUGGAGACGCAACACCACAACCAUGGAGGGAAGAUCCAAGAGCUCUUUUUAGGGGACAUCCACACUGACUGGACUCAGAGGACUCAUUACAGACCGACAGGGUACCAGCAGCCGCUGCAGAAUGCCAUGCAUCACAUCCACCCAUGCCCGGUGUGCGCUCUGGUGUACCGCUCCUCAGAGCAGCGCCCCCCGGUGUUGCCGCGCAGGCCUGCUUCCCCUCUGUCUCUGGCUGGCCGUUGGGUCAGCCAGCACUGUGAAACCCGUCCCACUGUCCUCUUUCUCACCCGAGACUUCACCUUUGAUCCUGAUCAGCACGCAUGGGAGGGCAUCUACCGGCACUACUCUGACCCCACCUGCUCUCAGGUCACAUUCACCCUGAGAGCCUCGGGCCACUACGCUCAAGGAAACCCCUCUGCAAAGGUCUCAGGAGCCACUGAGUUUGUCUUCAAGGUCACCCAGGUGAGAGUCACAGCCAUGGAUGAGCCCACAGCCAAGCUGCUGAACGGGACCAGGCCAGGAAAGUGUGGUCAGGCAGGAGGCUGGGAGGUUGGUGUGGAGCAGGAUUUGACCCCCACAGAUGGGUGCACGGUGCUGGGAAUCAAGCUGCCACAUAAGGAGUAUGAGCUCUUCAAGGCUGAGCUGGACCACAGGAAACACCCACUGCUGUUCAUCGGAGAGAGGCCGACAGAUGGGUCCAGUCCUGAGCGACCGCAGAGGAGACCCACUUCCUUUCAAGCUCCCAUGGUGCUUUGCAGUGGAGGGGAGACACAACCCUCACACCGCUAUGGACAAGGUUUUAACAGCAAGCAGGUUCAGUUAGCGGCCAAUGGGACAGAGAGACUGACACAGCUGGUUUUACUGGUGUUGUGUUCUGUGCUGUGCAGCUUGUUCUGCGUUUAUUAGAGACACUGUUCACAAAUCAAACCUGUUACACAGCUGAAGUCACUGAUGGACAUUGUUUUCUGGCAGCUUUCCUUCACUCCUCCUCCAUCUGAUGAUGACCACAUGUGUGAUGGUCAAGAAAAAUCAUGAGACAUUCAAGAGAGCUCAGUAAAUUUCAAUAUCUGGCUUUCAUAUGCUGCCUGUAGGUUUGGUUUAAUGACUCUUCGGCUGCAUUUCUACCUACAACUAAUCUGUAUAUAAACCUCCAGCAUAUACAAGUGCCAUCAUUUCAGCAUGUAAAAAUAUAUUCUUUUAAACCAUGCUCCUUGUGUAUAAUGAUCAGUUCCUUUUUCACAUUUCUGGGCGAAUGCUGUUUUCUGUCAUACUGUAAUAACAAAGCAAGAUCACAGUGCUGAAAUGUGGAUCAGUUAUUUCAACAUCAAAAUUAAAGCCAUGGACAUUCCAGUGGACUUUUCACCAAGAUGCAGUAUAGCUAAUGCACUUUGUACAGAACAUUUUUUUUUUUACCAGCAUACUGAAAAGAAAAGUAGCCGGAAAGCAGAAAAAGAGUUGUCUGCACUCUAACUGUGCAACACUGUGGUGUGAAAUGUCGCUUUAUCUCUGUCCUCUUUCAAAGGAGGUGCAUUAGUCUGCUUUUGUAUCAGCAGUCAGUCUAAACAAAUCGGAAGAAUAUUUAUUUUAACCAUUUAUACUGUACUUUUUGAUAAAAAGAUGAUGUUUGUCUAAUAUUUUAGUUAGUUUUGCCAUUUAAGAAGUGAUUAUUUUCUAUGUGUAUUAAAAAUGGCUUUUCAUAA